AUUUUUCUUUCUUCUCAUCGUUGAUCAACCAGACGAUCAUUUAGACGCUGAGAAUCUGAACACACACAAGACCAGAAUGACUGCUGGCGGGACGCGGUCGACGUCGUCCCCACAAGCGCCGGCUCGCGCUUCCUCCGCUUCCACUGCGACAACUUCAUCAUCUUCAUCUUCGUCGUCUUUGUCUGGAAGCGGCGGGACUGGGGCUGGGGCUGGGGCUGGGAUGGGACUCGGCGGUCCGCGCUACUCUGCAUUGACGCAGGACGCGAUUGAUGCGAUCGAGCAGCUCAACACGGCGACGGUUGAAGACGAGGACGACAGCGACAUUCUCAACGACGAUGACGAUGACGAUGACGAUGACGAUGAUGAUGGUGACAGUGACGACGAUGAGGACGACGAGGACGACGUGCUUGAGGAAGCGGCUGCAGCGGCGGCGUUUGCUGCGGCGACCUCGCUCGGCUCGUCCAGGCGGAUGGUGCGCCGGCGCGUCGCUGCAGGGACAAUCACUCCAAGUGCCAGCCACAGUCAUAGUGGCAGUGGCAGUGGCAGUGGCAGUGGCGUAGGCGGAUUCGAGUCGUCGUCGUCCUCGUCGUUGUCGUUGCAUGUGGGCCAAUCUGGUGCGACCGACAUUGGUGAGCACCACCACCCGAGCAGUCAUCAUCAUCAUCAUCAUGCUCAUCAUGCUCAUCAUUAUCACCAUGGACAAGGACACGCUCAAGAUGGCGGCGCGCUUGGCUACCAUUCUCAUUCUCACUCGCAUUCGCAGACAGGCAGCCUCGCCCAUCACCUCAAUGCAGGCGAGUGGACAGUCACGGCCGAUCCAGAUACAAUUGCAGGCGCAAUCGCUGCUGCUUCUGCUAUUCCAGGAGAGCACGCGGCGAUACACAAUGCUGCAGACACCCAUUCUGCUGCCAAUUCUGCUGCCAAUUCUGCAUCGAUCAACGCUCGAAAGCAGCCGUCCUCGUCUGCCAACACGACGCCAACUGCGCCUACACGCAAAAACGCUCGUGUGACUCAAAACGGAGCGCACCAGCAUUCCGGCUUGAUGCUGCACUCUGCUAAAACUGAAGCAAUCUCGCUGCAGCAGGCUCGCGCACACGACGCUGCGUUCGAUCCGAGUCAUAGCCACGAGUAUGAGCACGAGUCUGACAGCCAGGAUGAUCCUCUAUUUGCGUCAGUGCUGCGGGGUCUCAAGGCUGCGACGCAUCCGACCUUGCAGCCUCGGCGCCUGCACGACGAAGAGCUCGCCCACAUUCACUCGCUCAGCGGCGACGGCACUGCUGACGAUGCACACACGUCCCCGUCCUCUAGCGCGGAUUACGAAUUGACAGUCCGCCAUCGCCGAAGAGCCGACGAGCAUCCUGCGCUUUCUGCCGCGUCCAAGCGUCCACGAUUAGCCGCAGCCACGACGGACGAGUCUGACUCUGAACUGCUCGACGAUCUACAAGGUGCGGCGCCUGCAGGUAGCCAAUCUGCACGAACGAACGUCCAUCUUUUGCUUUCUGCAAAGUAUCGAGCAAACGUUCGUCGCCACCAACGUUUGCAGCAGCAGCAGCAACAGCAGCGAGCAUCGGGCGGAGAGCACGGCGAGCACCAACAACAACCGGGCUUCCUCGAUGCACAUUUGCGCUUUGGCGAUUCGGCCACUCACGCUGCUUCUCCUGCUUCCAUUGCCGACUCGCUUGCCUACCAAUCGAUGGUGCCAGAGUUGCCAACACUCACUGGAUUAGAGUCUGUCAAUGCCGCCGUUCUGGCCAGCCAUCGCGCUGCAGAAGCUUCUGCCGCCGCCGCGCUCAUGCCGGAGAAACGCAAGCGAGGCAGACCGCGGAAAGUGCCCCUUGUCGACGGACAGGAAGCGUCGUCACCUUCCGCUGCCCUUCCUUUGGACGCGCCAAGUAGCUCUGCCCCAGUCGCCACCACCACCAAACCGUCUGCAAAGCUAUCUGCCAAGCAGGCUGCCAAACAAGCUGCACUGGCUGCAGACACCACCACCAAAUCUAAUGCCAAUCCAACCAGCACCAAAGCAGCACGCCCACCCAAGCAGCAGCCGCCCCCUCUUGCCACCAGCUUGUCCAAUCUGGGGCCCAUCAGCAGCAAGCGGCAUUUAUCUCCCGCCGAACUUGUUGCCGCCAUGGCCGCUCGCACGUCGUCGUCUGCUGCCGCUGCUGCCCCGGCUUCGUCUUCUUCGUCCUCCUCCUUGUCUUCGUUCCAGCACGUUCCCGCUGCGAUGGCAACGCUCCCGCCAGUCACUUCGUCUCGACCAGGAUCACACGGAUCGCUGUCCGGCUCCUGCACUUGCGCGAUGCGGCUUGCUCCGGUCAUCAGCAUGUUUGCCGAGUGGAAGGGUGCGGCCAAGGAUGCAGCAGCCACAGCCUCCGACGCGACCGGCGCUCCAGUCAAGAAGGGCCACCGUCUUCGGCAGCAAAACGAGUGGUUGCUUGAAAACGUCUGGGACUCGAGUGUGGCCUACCAGUUCUGCCGCCAGUGCGUGAGCAGCCUCCUCCACGUUGACGAGCACCGUCUUUCCAAUCUUCGCCAGAAGAAGGCCAACUCUGUGCGCGCUGCCGUGAGUAUGGUGAAGCGAGACGUCGAGCCUGGUCGCGUGCGCGACGUCGUGCUGCCAAAGGGCAUCCACGAUCGGGCAAGCUGGUGGGCUUUGCUGCCCGACCACGCCGUGGUUAGCGUUGGUGCCCCAAUCGCCUUUCACGGACUCAAAGCCCAGCGCAGCAACAACCACAAGGGCGAUGAUCUGCUCGAGCAUUUCCUCACUUUUGUGGACAAGAACAGCUCGCCCGUUCCUGCACACCGGACUGAUCUGGACCCCUCGGUGCAAUUUGUGUUUGAUUCGCGCUUCCGCCGCAUCAACGUGCCAUCUACCGCAACUUCCGAUCAGAGCAACGCUGCCGAGGCCAACGCUUCGUUGACGCAUGCAUUCAAUCUACUACUCCAAACGUUGUAUCCGGUGGGUCCGAACGGAAAGCCAGUCACCGUAUCGCACGGUACUGUCAAGACAUGGCUCAAGGCACAUCGUCCAUCUCACGCAGUUAUGAAAAAGCCCCCGAAAAAGCUUCUUGCACGCCAGGAAGCAUCGCUGUGAAGUUUUGGGCAUUGUUGGUGGAAUUUCAUUCUCGACCUUGGCUCUCACCCGCGUGAUUUCUUCCACCCACCCCCCAUCUGUAAUAUAUAGCUGGCAGAAAAUGCCCGAAACACCAUACUGGCCUUGUUCUUCGACUGUCGGCUUUUUGCGCUGUCGCACCCACAUGAUUUUUCGCUUUUGAUUCACUCGUCACAUUUUCUUAUUUUAGACCGAAAUAAAAAGCAACUUGGCUCAA